AGUUUUGCAACAUCUGGUGGUCCAAAGUUUGGAGACCAUGGUUCUACAGCAUAUAUUUCUGGCUAUCUCUGACAUUGGACACCACAGUAGGCUUCUCCUUCUAGGACUGCCUAUAGUGGUAUACACUGUCUCAGCCCUCCUUAUGACUCACAAUCCAGGCUGUCACACACUUUACUGGAAUAACAGGAAGGUGGAGAUCGAAAGUAAAACAUUGAGGCUUAAUGGGAGACGGCAGGAGUUCCUGGGGACCCUGCUGAAGGAAAAUUGAGACCAUCACAGAUGAGAACAUUGAGACUAUCACAGGAUUCCUUAAAGUGAGACCCAUCUGGAAAGACCUGACUGGCAGCCCGUCUGGAUUCUUAGGGGGUGGGGGAGCGAGGCGAGAAAAAUCCACAACUUGUACAAUAUAUACGAAUAUGUGACCAUUCCAAUCUGGGAUCAUGGAGCUACGAGAGUCCUCCCGCCUCAUAGUACUGUGCCUGGGCAUUGUAUUGUGGAAUAUCCCACAGGUUGUCGCUCGUAACCUGCUAGUCUCCUGUAAUGAAACUCAGUAUGUAAAUGAAGAACUCAACACCUGCUGCUCCCGCUGUCCGCCAGGUUAUUUUCGGAAAGAGCACUGCACACUUGAAAAGGACACACUGUGCCUGCCAUGUCCUGCUAAGACCUAUGCGGCAAAAUGGAACUAUGCCCGUUCCUGCUUAACCUGCUAUCCUUGUAGUAAGAAAAACUCUUCAAAAGAGACAACUUUAGUAGAGAAAACACCAUGUUCUGCCAUCCAGGCCCCGGUCUGUGUCUGUCCAGAUGGGUAUUACUGCUCCCAGCAUGGAGCAUUUAAUAAUAGGUGUGAGCUCUGCAAACCUAACUUCACCUCAACAGAGAGUCCGCCAGAUGUAGAAAAGAUAUACGAGAUAUCUAUGAAGCCCUAUUGGAUCACCAUUGGUCUAGGUCUUUUCAUGGUGACUGCUGUGGUCAUCAUACUAUGUCUUAAACCAUCAGUGUUGAAGAGAUUUGGCCGCAUGAUAAAAAACAAGAACUGUUCAAUGUCAACUCCUCAGACUGAGACGCCUGCGACUGUAGACAUGGAGGUGGUCGGAGGCCAAGAACGUCCUCUUUUGAAAGAUAUCAAAAAGCCCAUGCAAGAGCAAGGAAAAGAUCUGAAUUUCCCUAUUCAAGAAACCAGCACUGACAUCGGGGAAUCCACUUUGUUACCCAAAAGAGGGGAGUGAUGUCCGACCUGCGAUCUGCCAAAUUCAUCAUACUCCAUAUAUCCCCCAUGGAUACGUUUGUAUACAGAAUUGGAUUAUGUGGUGCCUUGGAAUGGAAUAUAAUAUAUAUAUAUGCCCCCUCUUUCCACACGCCCAGUCAACAUGUGAUGGUCAUAACUUUGUAAAGUUAUGUCAUGGACUGUUCAAGCAACUGGAAAAGUGGCCCAUUUAGGUGGGAAAUCCACAGAUUGUAAUGGGGUAUGUUGGGUUCUUAGGAGGCCAUUUUCUAAGGUUUCACCCUCAGAAGACCUAGAACAUAAGCACUUUUAUUUGGAACCCUACUGUAUUUGGUGCAUACAAUUUAUUUUUUUGCGUGUGAAAUAUACCAAAAAAAUUGGACAACGAGGGGAUACUCCCAGACUCUGACUGGACAUUGCUAUUAGGAUCCACAGGUCCAGUCAGAUUUGUAAUAUUUCAUUUACAGACUGAGAAAAGUAGACAGGGAGUUGUGGACACUGAGCCGAUGUUGGAGGGGCUGAAGAUCUGGUUGCUGCUGGCCAUUCACUGGUGAAUACAGUUGUAUUCAGGGAUAUUGGGCUGCUACUGUACGUCUAUGGGUCUUACACCUAAAUUCUUACCUGUAGCAUGAAGAUAGUUUCGAAGACGUGAUGGGGCUCUGGGCACUUUAAUGUUAGGUGGCCCAGUACGGGAGAUGUUGCCCCGUACCCUUGCUGUCCUGUCAAGCAGCCUCCUUCAGUGUCCCCGGGGCCCCUUGCACCUGUUUCCCCCAUGUACAUAUUUUCUGCUGUGUAUUGUAUUAUACGAUGUGAUGUAUCUUUAAAAGUCAUGUCAUGUGAUUGUUACCCAGGAGGUAUCAGUGGCUCUUGCUUCUUGCUGAGGUCCAGUGCAGUCGUGCCUAGUGUGUGUGUCCAGAGUGUUGGAGGCCUCAAAGUGAAGUCCUGCAGCCACCAUCAGGUCAAGUAAGCUAAAGUCACAGCUUUAUUUUUCAAGUCGGUCCCUGUCAAGUCAGCGUGGUCUGCAUUCAAUUGUCCAGUCCUACUACAAGUCCCAGAAAGCUACCGUUGUCCGUAACUUGGCGUCAGAGUCUUUAUUGCCCCCGUGCCUAGCCCAGGAUCCAUCAGUAUAACUUCAGGUGGUUUUAGACUAAACCAUGACCUGGCGUCAUGAAUACAAGGGGUUAAUGCCAUCUGCCCCUAGGGUAACAACAUCUGCCCUUAUCAGACCCCGCUACCACAAAUGUAUACAUAGAAAUACUCAACAUCAUUGGGUCUCACCUCAAUA